AAAGGAUGUGGUCAGGUCUGAGUUGAGGAAGAAGUGCACGGAACUCUUUGACAAAACUGCCUGCCAACGACUCGCUGAAACUCGUCACCGAAACAGGAGAGAUCAGCAUCGAUCUGGAUUGUAUUACAACGUUUCUCACUUUUGAGACUCAUCAUUUCUUUGAGGAUGCAUUGAAGACAAAGAAAAGAUGGAAGUGGAUGAAAUGGGUGAAACAAGGACUUCCUGGUCUGCGGUGCCUGCCGGGACGCACACCAUCCUCUGUGACCAUGCUGCGAAGAAGAGAAAACAAGACCCGGCUCCUGAACCUGUGAUCAGAAUCACAGAGGAUGAAGAGGAGGAGGAGGAGGAGGAGGAGGGCGAAAUGAUGUGCGACCACAUGAAGGAUUCAGAAGAGCCCAGUACUAAAAGGGUCAAACCUGUGGCCAAGUCCAACAGCCUAACAGGUGUCAUAACCCCGACAAAGACCCCUGCUCUGAAACGCAUCGGACAGUCCAUUUCGCGGUCUAUUAGUUUUCGCACAGAGGCUCGACCUUUGCCCCCGACUCCCCUGCGCUCGAGAGCGAAGCCCUCGUCGUUUCCACGCCGGCGCAACAGCCAAUGCUGGAGUGACACCGUGGAGAGCCAUGACCUCACUGCAAAGGAGAUCAAACGUCAAGAGGUUAUCUACGAGCUGACUCAGGGAGAGCGGCAGCUGAUCGAGGACCUCAGUCUGGUUAAGAAGGUUUACUAUGAGCCCAUGCUGAAGUUGGAAAUCAUGACAGAGAGUGAACUUGGACAGAUCUUUGGAACACUGGACUCCCUCAUCCCUCUCCACGAAGAUCUCCUGAGUCGUCUGGAGCGGCUGAGGGGAUCGGAGAAGACGGUCGGACAGGUGGGGCCCACUCUGUUGCACUGGUUCCCUUGCCUGGAGGCCUACGUCACAUACUGCUGUAACCAAGUGGGGGCCAAAGCCCUGCUGGACCAGAAGAAGCACGAGAAGAGAGUGGAGCACUUCCUGCGCUUGUGCCAAGAGUCCUCGUUCAGCAGGAAGCUGGACCUGUGGAACUUUCUGGAUCUCCCCCGGAGCCGUUUGGUCAAAUACCCGCUGCUGCUGAAAGAGAUACAGAAGUGCACGCCUCCAGAUCACCCUGACGAGGACACGUUGCCCGAUGCCUUGGAGCUCGUCCAGAGCAUCGUGGCCGAGGUGAACAAGAAGACCGGGGAGGCUGAGUGUCAGUUCUACAGGCGGGGUCUCACAUACCUGGAAGAGAGCCAGAGGCUGCCGGAGAUCCGGCAGUCACGCUUCCUCUUCUGCCAUGGAGAGCUCAAGAACAACAAGGGCCAGCGGCUGCAUGUGUUCCUGUUUGAGUUGGCUCUGGUGCUGACCAGACCGGGGGAGGACAGAGAGGGAGGCCAGUUGUUCCAUGUGUACAGACAGCCUCUUCCCAAUGCCUUGAUAAAUCUGGAAGAGAUCCCAGACGGGGAGCCGGCUGGAGGUGGCACCUUCAGAGGAGCCUUCACUGGGGGGAAUGAUAAAGUGAAGAACUGUUUCCGUGUGAGCAGCAGAGGGCGCUCCAAAGCUCACCCCUACAGCCUGCAGGCCAACGACUCCUUCAGCAAGCAGCAGUGGAUCACCUGCCUGCGCCAGGCCAUUGUCCAGUCACGGGACCGCACUGCUCAGACCAGCCAGUCGCAGCUCUCCCCUCCGCCCGAUCCCGCCCUGUAUCACAUCGCUGAGCUCAGCCUCAGCUCGGACACAGAAAUGACAGACCACACCAGUCGCUGACUGUCGGACUGAUCGCCAGGAGGCGUGUGGGGUCUCCACAGAUGUGAACAUUGACAUGAGAGAAAAAUAAAUGGGACUGCUUGUUGAAAGAUUUCUUUUUUUGUGCUUGAACAUACGCAAAGGAUUUCAUGAAUGGAUUUUAAAUGUCGCUCCUCUUCCUGAUGGGUUGUGUGGUUGUGGUGGUGAUGCAUUCUACUGGGAACAAAUGUGAAUUUAUGAUGUAAAAUGUUGUUGUUGUUUUUUAUAAAUAAACUGACACUUGAAAGUUAA